AUGGCUAAUAUGGCAAUGGUUAUUCCUUUGACUCAGAAAAGUUCUAGCAGCUCUCUUGCCGGUCAAAAUGGUUGCAUUACAGAGAGGACGCGCCUAAAAGGCCCAUCGGCAGAAUCCGAGCCUGUUUACUCCGAACUACCCCCUAAUUUUGGAGAGGUCGUGGAAGGAAUCUAUCGCAGUGCUUUCCCCGGAUCUUGGAACCUUCCCGCGCUCAAAAAUCUGGGGUUAAAAACGAUAAUCACACUUGUCGAAGAACCGUAUGGUGUGAGCCAUGUGAGUUUCCUCAGGGAACAUGGAAUCGCACACUUUCGCGUUAUUGUCCAAGCAAACAAGGCUCCCGAGGAGAAGACUCCUGACCAUGUCAUCAAUGGCAUUCUUGAAAUCCUACUCAACCAGGCCAAUCAUCCAAUCCUUAUCCAUUGCAACAAAGGAAAGCAUCGUACUGGCUGCGUGGUGGCUUGCUUUCGAAAGCUCCAAGGUUGGAAUUUACGCGAUGUUCUUGACGAGUAUUUAAGCUAUUCCUGGCCAAAAUCUAGAGUCUUGGAUGAAAAGUUCAUCGAAGCUUUCGACACAUCCAAACUCGAUCACACGGCUAAGGAUUCCGGUGCCCACUUGUGGAGACCUACCGGCAACUACAAAAUUCAGAGGCGGACGUGA